UCCAUUUCCUUCACUCUUUUUCCAACAUAAACAGAAAAAAAACCUGCUACUUCUUCUUACGACACCGUUUUGACUCUGUUCUGAUUCCACCACCACAACCGGUGAAAAUGACGGUGGAGCUCAUGGGGUUCCCUCAAAUGGACCAACAGAAGAAAGCAAUUCAAGAGGCUGCAAACGAAGGCUUAAAAGGCAUGGAGCAUCUCAUCAAUCUCCUCUCUCACCAACCCUCUCAUCUCCAAACAGAUCUAACCGACGUAACCGUUUCCAACUUCAAAAAACUCAUCUCCCUCCUCAACCGCACCGGCCACGCCCGCUUCCGCCGCGCACCUCUCCCCUCCACCCCCACUCCGCCACAACCUAAUCCCAUCGCCGUUCACCACCCUAAGCCCACCGUCGCACAAUCCCUGACUCUCGACUUCACAAAACCCAACAACUUCUUGACCUCCAACGCUAAGUCGUUAGAGCUCGAAUUCUCCAAGGAAACAACAACGUUUAGCGUCUCCUCCAACUCCUCCUUCCUCUCCUCUGCCAUCACCGGCGAUGGCAGCGUCUCCAACGGCAAACUAGGCUCCUCCAUCUUCCUCACCCCGGCGGUCUCCGCCGGCGGGAAGCCUCCCCUCUCAUCAACAACUCCGUCCAAGAAAAGGUGCCACGAGCACUCCGGCGAUCCCUCCGGCUCCAACACCAAGUGCCACUGCACCAAGAGAAGGAAGAAUCGGGUGAAGAAGACGAUAAGGGUGCCGGCGGUGAGUUCGAAGGUGGCGGAUAUUCCGGCGGACGAGUACUCAUGGAGGAAGUACGGUCAGAAACCGAUCAAGGGCACACCAUACCCACGUGGUUAUUACAAGUGCAGCACCGUGAGAGGGUGUCCGGCGAGGAAACACGUGGAGCGGGCAACGGAUGAUCCGGCGAUGCUGAUUGUGACGUACGAGGAUGAGCACGAUCAUGGGAUUCAGACCGCGAUGCAUGAUAACAUUUCUGGUGCUGUGGGUUUCGUAUACGAGUCAACGUAAGGUGGUAAUUUGAAGGGAAAAAAUAUUGGGAAUUUUUUUAUUUAAUUUUUUUUAUUGGGAGUAGUAGGUAAAAGAGGGAAAAAAACAUGAAUGGGUUGGAACCGAGGUGGUGGUUGCAAUGUAAAUUUGUUUUGGAUGAAAAGAUUUUAUCAUUAUCUUUUAGGGACUAAUCUUACCUCUUGUGGUAUUGUGAUUUAUUAAUUUAUUUGAGACAAAUUUCAAGUGGUUUUAGUAUAUGUAUAAUCAACAUCUUGGAAUUCA